GUCAUUGCGUGUCAGAGACUGCAGUGUUGUCUACUUACCGCUUUCUUGUUUGUAUAGUUUUGUGUAUUUAAAUAUUGUGGUUUUCCCUUACCUUCUACUAAGUUUUAACAAAAAUUUACAGAAAUGUCGGCUCCUCCAGAAACUGCACCUCCCGCAGCAGGGCAGGAGGGUGCACCACCUGAAGGGGGAGAAGCACCUAGGCAGCCCAAUCCACAACACCAAGCCGCUUCUAGAAGAAUACAACAGACGCAAGCCCAAGUUAAUGAGGUUGUAGAUAUCAUGCGUACAAAUGUGGAAAAAGUUUUGGAAAGAGAUCAAAAGUUAUCAGAAUUGGAUGAUAGAGCCGAAGCGUUACAGCAAGGUGCUUCACAAUUUGAACAGCAAGCAGGAAAGCUGAAGAGAAAAUUCUGGUGGAAAAAUUGCAAGAUGAUUAUAAUUAUGGUAAUUAUUGGAGUAGUAGUUGUUGGUGUUAUUGGAGCCUAUCUUUACAUGUGAUGCCCACAAACAUUUUAUUUUCUUGCUGUCUCUCGUGGUUUCACCUUUACAAAAUUUGUAAAAUUACCUACAAUGGGACUUUGAACUAGACAAGUAGCUUACUUUUAUUCAAAGUACAGUAGUUAGAUCCAAGACAUUGUAGUCCUACCUUUUACCCUUGCAAAGCUUGCACCUGUGCUCAAGACUUUCCAAAUCUUCAGUAUCUGCAUGAAAUUGGUGUUAUUACAAAAAGCAGUUUUUUCUGAACUUUAGAAGUUGACAGUUCUUCAGGACUGAAAAUAAAAAGAAACUUAUAAACUAUUUGAAUACUAUGCUGUUCCAUUUUUUUGGCAGACAAGGAGAUUGUAUAUGUCAUGAAUUCCUCUGUAAAAACUCAUGAGAUGUAACUGGAAACCAAUGCGCAUAAGUGAUAACAACAUUGCUUUUGUUUUGUUUGAUUGCUACAAUUGCAGUUGGCAAAUUCUUUUGGCACAGGCAGCUUAUUGGGUGGGAAAACGCGAUUAAAUCGUAGAAACCAAAUUUGUACUUCAAAAUUUUAAAACAAAAUGAAAUCAACACCAAGGGAAUCAUGAGAGAUGUAUUCUUGUACAUAGAAAUUCUUAGAAUAUUCCUUGACUUAAAUUUGAAUUUUUCAAAUGAGAGUCCAUUUAGUAAUGAUGUGUGUGAUCAUUUAUGUGCAUUUAAAUGAAUGACCUCUUGUGUGCCAAAAAAUUGGAAAAAAGUGUAACACGAGAGUCUUGCAUUUUUGCGCUGUAUUAGAGUUUACUCUUUACUCUUCUUUAGGAAUAGUCAGAUAGUGGAAUGCUUCAUUUUUACUUGUCAUUGGUGCCAUGUUUCUUCACCAUUUUUUGAGGGAUGCCGUAGACACCUUCACCUGAAAUGUCGUGAAAAAUUUGUGAGUUUCUGAGAAAACUUUUAGAACUACACAUUAACAAGAUCAAUUUUCUCUUUUGUGUAGACAAAGAAUCAAGUACCUUAUCUAUGUGCCUGUAUUCUCUCCAGAUAACUGAAAAAAAAAAAGUUAUGUUUUGUUUCAACUCAUUUCAUUCAUGUACGUUUGUAUGAUGAAAGUGUGGUGUACUUGCUUGUUAAUCAUAUUACCAUGAAAAUGAUAUUUAAAACUUCUAGAACAUUGUUUUUAUUUAUGCAUUUUAUUGAAAUAUUAUCUUAAAUAGAAGGCAUGGAAUUAAAUUUUUUUAAUUAUUCAAUGUCCUGCUUUUUAUUUGUGUAUUUGAAAUCUGAGUCAAAAUCUAUAUUUCAACUAUUGAUUGCUAAAGAGAGUUCACAAAGAUGCUCAUGUAAGUAAAUUAAGGUGGUUUGUUUGUUUGUUAAAUAUGAAAAAAUGCAUAAAUUUUUCUUAAUAAAAUUUGGUUGCAAGAUUUUUCUACAUUAAAUAUUUAAAAUUCUCAUCGUCUGUUUAAAUGUAGUAGUGCAUUUUCUAUUUAAAUAAGAGUGGUUAAUCACAUAUUCUUAAAUGUAUUUUGUAAUCAAAUUCUAUUACUUAUGAGAGCUAACAAUUUUUAAAUGGUCAGUUGUAUCAUGUAAAUUUUGUGCUUAUGAGGUUGUCUUCUGUAACUUAAUUUGUGUGACUGCAGUACAUGAGGUUGAAAGUUGUGUCCAGAAGUAAAUAUUGUGAUAAAUAUUACUAUUAACAGGUACACAAUUUAAAACAGAAAUAUAUUAAUUGGAAUAAGACUGAAAACCAACUAUGCUAUAUUAAAGUGUAAAAGUGUUUGACUGGAACUGUUUUAAUUAUUCAUUAUUUAUCAGAUUUUCAUCUUUCAAUUGAGCAGAGUCAUCAUUGUCAUUUGUUAUUGACAUGCACCAAGCUAUAGGCACUGUUGGUUUAGUGGUAAAUGAUUUAUGAGUUUUUAUUCUGUCCUGAAAUGUGUGAUUUUGAGUUGAGGAACUAAAACUAAUUGAUCCUUCUCUAAAAUUGUAUAGCUCGGAUAUUCUGAGAUCUCAGGUUUCACUGACACAUUUGUUUUUCUUCUAUUCUAGAAAAGUUUUGUGCCUGAAAUGCUAUCAGAUUUUGUGGUUCAAUUAAGAAUUAUUCUUUUUUCCUAACAUUUUUACUUCAAGAAAAUAUAUUGUUUCAUUUUAUUUAAUGGAAAUGCAGUUUUUACUUUCAAUUUCCAUUUGCACAAAUUCAUAUUCAUUAGACAGAUUUUUUUUUUAUUUAUUUGUGAUGGAUUUUUGUUAUUUUAUAUAUAUUUAUUAUUAUAUAAUUGGGAUUUACUUUUAGUUCCCAUUUGCACAAAUUAAUACUCAUAAAACAAAAUACUUUAUUUGUGAUAUAUUUUUAUUUUUUUUUAUACAUUUAUCAUUAUAUAUUUGCCAUUAUUUUAUAUGCAUUUAUUGUUAUAUAUUGAUAAGAUUUUAUGCAGUAAUAACCAAAUAUUUCUUUGGUUUUUAAAAUGUAACUAUUUUUAUUUAUCAUUAACUGAACAACAAAUAAAUUAAGCGAUGAAAGAAUACAUUUGGAACCAAAUACUUUUCCCUUUUGUCCCCCCUCCUCUUUAUUACUUAGAUAUAAAAAUUUUCUUAAAUUUAUUAUGAAGGGAAUUGCAUAAUAUACAUGUGUUUACCUAUUUAUUCAGGACAUAGUUAAACAUUUAAUGUUUAUUGAAAAGAAUUUGGAGAUUAUUUUUUUCAUAUUAUUGAUUAUUAAGAGAAUUGUUUUAUAAUUUUUGUUAUUUAGUGCAGGGAUAAUUUUUUGCCUUUUAAUUAAAGUAUACAAAUAAUAACCACAAUUUUAUUUUCUGCCUCCCUUGCAUGCAUUAUAUGCAAAUAAUAAAAUCUUAGGACAAUCAAACUGUUUUAAUCUUAAACUUUUAACUCUCUGUUAAUGAAUUUUGAAAUGGUUUGCCUAUGAGUAUUGGUUCCCCUCCUAAUGUAUUUGCAUGUACAUAAUAUUUCAUUCACUAUACUACCUUCGUUGAAAUCUGUAGCAGCUUUCUCUUUAAGCAGAAAUUUUCUGUUAGAAUUAUGUUAUUUUCUACAAAUAUAUCUUCGUGGAAUUAUACAUAUUUCCAUAAUAGUAAAGAUCUGUUGUUGAAAUAGUUUAUCUUGUAGAAAGUUUUUUUUUCUUUUGUUCAUUUUAUUCAAACUGAUGUGAAUUUAUUUCUUGAAAUGUGAACGUGUAUUUUUUAGUAACCUUCCCCAUAUAAGGAAGAUAUUAUUCUAUUAUUUACAAUCUAGUAAGUUCAUGUGUGUUUUAAUUUUAACUGUGAUUUUAAAAUGUGUGUGUACUGAGCAUAGAGUAAAAUUGCUGUGAUCAUGUAUGAAGACACUGCCUGAUAGUUUUGUGAUUUUAUUUUGAACUUGUGGUCGCUGCACCUGCAACAAAUAUUUUAUCUCGUACUUAAAAGUUGCAUAUUAUUUAGUGUAGAGACUGUUCUGAUGUUCCUGUAUUACAACUGUGAGUCUUUAGUAUAUUUUUUUUUCUAAAUUUUGUUUUAAAGUUUAAUAAAAUAGAAAAUUUUCUAUUCAAGUAAAUUUUCUGAAAUCAAUCGGAUAUUGCAAUGCUUAGAAAGCAUUAAUAUUAAUUUUAGAAAAAAUAUGUAAGAUCAGUUACUGAUCAAAUUAGUGGCAUACAAUAAUUCAUGACUUUACUUUUUCUCUUAUUACUUUCCAACUCUCACUUAUAGAAUUUUUUAAAAAUUUUCUCUAAAUCUACUAUGAUUAUGCAAAAAAAAAAAGUCUAUAUUACAUUGGCAUUGCCUGUUUUCUUUGAAAAAAAUGUAUUCAUUGGAAGAUUAAUAUAAUGUAAUAUCAUUACAAUGCAAUGAAUUAUAUUUUUUAAUUUUUGUUUCUGGAGAAAAAUAAUUUUAUUGUUUUAGUAUCGGUUAUAAUCGGUUUGUGGCUGUGAUUAUUAUUUCUCUGGUUUAAAUGCUGCUAUUCUUAAAUCUGGAAACAAUUUUAGAAAUAUUUAUUUUAUUCCCAUUUUUCAUUUUUAAUGCCUAAAUAACUAUUAAAUAAUUUUAUAUAUGGGUGUUAUGGAUUUAUACUAUUAAUAAGUUCAUUGUUGAUUUUGAAGAAGUUUAGGAAACCAACAGAAAUGUUGCCUUCAUCCAAUGAGCGAGUUUCUCUUGGGAAUUAGAAGUAGAAAGUAGAUAUGAUUGUUUAAAAGAGUGCUGUUAAAGAAUGAAAACAUGCACAAAAUAGACGUUUUGCAUAUGAUUUUAGUUAUAAACUAGUCAAGUUCUCUAUUUUUUUAAUCCUUUCCUGUGAUAUGUGUAUACAGACUGGAAAUUCAUUGCCUUGCUUUCUUAUUUAUUUAUUUAUUUCUAUGCUUUGGAUGUCUGUUUUUGUUCUUAGAAAUUUUAAGAAUUGUAUUGGAGUUGGAUGUAUUAUACACUUAACUACAUUUGUUAUUUUUAAUCAUACAUUUAAUAACGUUGGUUUUCAU